GCUUUGUGUCGCUUUCGUUUAUUGUAAUGGUGUAUAAUUUCGUUUGAGUGAAAAAAAAUUCAUUAUCAUAGUUACGCUCGUCGCAGUGCCGUAAUCGACGGUGGACGGCAUUUCGUAUUUUGGGUUUGGAAGUAUUUGGAAUAAUUUUAUGGAAAUCAAUUGAGGAAUGGAAGAAUACUCGAGAGAACCAUGCCCAUGGCGUAUAGUAGAUGACUGUGGUGGUGCAUUCAUGAUGGGUGCUAUAGGUGGUACCCUGUUUCAAAGUAUUAAAGGCUUUCGCAAUGCACCUAGUGGAAUGAGUAAACGAUUUCUUGGAAGUCUAAUGGCCAUUAAACAACGGUCACCGAUUAUCGCCGGAAAUUUUGCAGUGUGGGGUGGUAUGUUUUCCACGAUAGAUUGCACAUUGGUUCAUCUUAGGAAAAAGGAAGAUCCUUGGAAUUCUAUUAUCAGUGGAGCAGCAACUGGUGGCAUACUGUCUGCAAGAAACGGUUUACCAGCAAUGGCUGGUAGCGCGGUUAUCGGCGGAGUAUUAUUGGCCUUAAUAGAGGGUGUAGGAAUAUUUUUCACACGUAUGUCUGCAGAACAAUUCAAACCUCCGUCUUUCACGGAUGAUCCAUCACAUCUUGGGUCGUCAUCGCAAGGCUAUCCGUCGUAGAGCAUGUAUAAAUAUUUUAGACCCAUUUCAAAUGACACCCGACUAAUUAAGUACAAACGUUUCAGUUUCUUUGAAACGAUCGUAGUUGAAGCUAUGUUAUUCCUAAUACGUCAAAUUUGUACAGACAAUUGAAUCCUUUGAUUUAAGAAAUAAUAAUAGUUUGUUUUUUAUUCAA